GGCUGGGCGGCGCGGGCGGAGCGGAGCAGGAAGCGCCGAGGGAAGCAGGCAGGGAAGGCAAGCAGGGAGGCCGCCGCCGCGCAGAGGCGGAGAAGGAGAGUGGGGGUGGGAGCCCGAGCUCGGCCGCCGCCUUCGCCUCUUCCUUCCGCCCGCCCGCUGUGGGGAGUGAGGCGCGCGGGAGGCACCUGUCACAGCCGCCAGAGCGAGCGCGGCGUCCGCCACGGUGAGAGGCGGCGGCGGCAGCGGCGGAGGCCCGGCACGGCGAUACCCUUGGUGGGGCUGGCUGACGAAUAACAGCGGAGAUGAUGCCGAUGAUAUUAACUGUGUUUCUGAGCAACAAUGAACAGAUUCUGACAGAAGUUCCAAUUACACCAGAAACAACCUGUCGUGAUGUAGUAGAGUUCUGCAAAGAGCCUGGAGAAGGAAGCUGCCAUCUGGCUGAAGUAUGGCGUGGAAAUGAGCGUCCCAUACCCUUCGAUCACAUGAUGUACGACCACCUACAGAAGUGGGGACCCCGCAGGGAAGAGGUCAAAUUUUUCCUUCGGCAUGAGGAGUCACCAGCUGAAAGUAAUGAACAGAGUGGACGUCAAGCCCCAAAUCAAAGAAAUGGCAUAAAUAUACCUGUGGAGAAACGUACAGAGAAUGGGGUUGGCAAUCCACGUGUUGAGCUCACUCUUUCUGAACUUCAAGAUAUGGCUGCCCGACAACAGCAGCAGAUUGAAAAUCAACAGCAAAUGUUGGUGGCCAAGGAACAACGUUUGCGUUACUUGAAGCAGCAAGAACGUCGUCAGCAGCAGUCUGUUUCUGAAAGUGAAAAGCUUCAAAAACUUAAAGAACGUGUUGAAACUCAGGAGACAAAGCUGAAAAAAAUCCGUGCCAUGAGAGGACAAGUGGACUACAGCAAGAUCAUGAAUGGCAAUCUGUCAACUGAAAUUGAGCAUAUAAGUGCCAUGUUCCAAGAAAAGCAGCAGGAGCUGCAGGCUGCAGUGUUAAAAGUGGAUCAACUUACUCAGCAACUGGAAGAUUUAAGGAAAGGGAAACUGAAUGGGUUUCAGUCUUAUAAUGGACAAAUGACAGGACCAGCAGCAGUAGAAUUAAAAAAGUUGUAUCAAGAGCUACAGAUUCGUAACCGGCUUAACCAGGAGCAGAACUCCAAGCUUCAGCAACAGAAAGAGCUCUUAAACAAACGCAAUAUGGAGGUGGCUAUGAUGGACAAGCGAAUCAAUGAGCUGCGUGAACGACUGUACAAGAAAAAAGUUGAGGCACGUCAAAAAGAGAACAUUCCUUUGAAUCGCAUUAAUGGAACUUCGUCACCCCAGUCAUCCUUGAGUGCCUCAGGAAGAGUGGCAGCAGUAGGACCUUACAUCCAAGUUCCAAGUGCUGGCACUUAUGCUGUGCCAGUAGAUCCAGUUAAACCACAAUCUCUCACCAUUGCUUCUAGCUCAACACAUGGAAGAUCAAAAUCUGAAACAGACUGUGGGUGUGUGAAAAAAUCUCCAGACACCUGGAAGGUUUCUGAUUUAGACAUAAUAGUGGAUCCUAUUCUGUCACCUCCCACUUCUCUUCAGUCUGCUGUUCACAAUGUCAUCCGCCUGGCACCUAUCUUUGACACCCAGCACUCUAAUGAUGGAAAUUGGCCAAUACUUAAACAGAGUUCAGCCUCUGCAGUGAAACCCCCUCAGAUCUCCAACACAGACUGGAAAGAAUCAAGCAUGGAUACUGCUCUAAAACAAGGAACUAUAUCCAGCCAGCCUUUGCCAACUUCAGUGCUAGGAAGUACUGAUAAGCUGGGUCUUGAUCUGGGGAAGGUGCCACCAACUGUUCCUGGUGUAAGCAAGCAGUUGCCUCAAAACUAUGGGACCUAUCCAAGCCCAGUUCCCUUAGGAACAGGCUCUACAAAUUCUCUAGAAAGGAGAAAGGAUGGCAGCCUGCCCAGACCUGGCAGCAGUAUAACGAAUCGGCAGAGACCCGUUCCACUUCCGCCGCCAAGUAGUGUUCAUCAGCCCAGCUCUUCACAGCAGAUUCAGCAGAGAAUUUCUGUACCUCCCAGCCCUACGUAUCAACCAUCUGGUCCCCCCUUAUUUCCUGGAGGAGACGGCAGGCCAGAACUCCCUUUAACUGUGGCAAUCAGACCUUUUCUAGCUGAUAAGGGAUCACGACCUCAGUCUCCCAGAAAAGGGCCACAGACAGUGAACUCCAGUUCCAUCUACUCAAUGUAUCUUCAGCAAGCAACACCACCAAAGAACUACCAACAGGCUGUGUAUAAUACCUUAAAUAAGUCAGUAAAAGCAGUUUACGGAAAACCUGUAUUACAAUCUGGUUCAGCUUCUCCCUCACCCUUGCCAUUCCUUCAUGGUUCUUUGCCUGCCCAGACUCCCUCACAGCCACAAUCCCAGCCUCAGACUGAGGUCUCUGAAAAAGAUCAAGAGCUGGAAAAUGCUCCACCACCCAGUGAAAACAGCAACGUGGAAAACAUCCCUCGUCCUCUCAGUCCUACUAAACUCACACCUAUUGUGCAUUCACCCCUACGAUAUCAAAGUGAUGCUGACCUUGAAGCUCUGAGAAGAAAACUGGCCAAUGCUCCUAGGCCGUUAAAGAAGCGUAGUUCUAUCACUGAACCAGAAGGCCCAAGUGGACCCAAUAUACAAAAAUUAUUGUAUCAGCGCUUCAAUACUCUUGCUGGAGGAAUAGAAAGUGCUCCUUUUUAUCAGCCAAGCAAUCCACAGGACUUCAUAGGCAUCUUAGCAGAUGUUGAUAAUGGUAACACUAGUACCAAUGGCAAUAUCGAAGAACCUAUUUCCGUGCAACCUACAGUUCCUCUUCCUGAUGAGCCACCCCCUUCGUCAGAUGCUAAUGAUAAUGAGUUACCUUCUCCUGCUACUGAGGAACUAAUAAGCACUGAAACAACGAAUCAAACAUCUGAGACAACUGAAGAUAACAACAACAAUCCUGCUAUAGUUCCUUCAACUGAACAGUCACCCAGUCCCACACCUGAAGUCAGUACUCCAGUAGAAGAUGAAGCUCCUUUGCCACCUGCUGUCCCUCCUCCACUUCCUCCAACAAAACGCACCAACUUGAAGAAACCAAACUCAGAAAGAACAGGCCAUGGUUUGAGAGUGAAGUUCAAUCCACUGGCCCUCCUCCUUGAUGCUUCCUUGGAGGGAGAAUUUGAUCUUGUACAAAGAAUCAUAUAUGAGGUCGAUGAUCCCAGUAAACCAAAUGAUGAAGGAAUUACGCCUUUGCAUAAUGCAGUGUGUGCAGGUCAUCACCACAUUGUGAAGUUCCUGCUUGAUUUUGGUGUAAAUGUAAAUGCAGCAGAUAGUGAUGGGUGGACACCCUUGCAUUGUGCUGCUUCUUGCAACAGUGUUCAUCUGUGUAAACUACUGGUGGAAUCUGGGGCAGCUAUUUUUGCUUCAACUAUAAGUGAUAUAGAAACUGCUGCAGACAAGUGUGAAGAGAUGGAAGAAGGUUAUAUCCAGUGUUCCCAGUUCUUGUAUGGAGUGCAGGAGAAGCUGGGCGUGAUGAAUAAAGGUGUGGUGUAUGCUCUGUGGGAUUAUGAAGCCCAGAAUAAUGAUGAGUUGUCAUUCCAUGAGGGUGAUGCUAUUACUAUUCUAACACGCAAGGAUGACAAUGAAACAGAGUGGUGGUGGGCCCGCCUCAAUGACAAAGAAGGCUAUGUGCCUAAAAAUCUUCUUGGGUUAUAUCCACGAAUAAAACCUAGACAGCGAACCCUUGCUUGAAGUCAGUUGUACAACAGUGCAAUACCAUGCUGGUAACUGGAAACAUACACUGGAGCCAUCAGUUUUGAUCAUUUCACACAGAGAAAUAAAACUAUGCUGUUUAGUUUUAAUGGUGCUUUCUCUUGUUAAACGGACAGCAUCCACAGUUUUUAAGAUCUGCAGUUUGUAAAUGAGGAUCAUUUUUAUGUGACCCAGCACUGAUAAGGAGAGCAGUAUCUCCACUACUGACAGUGUUGCCUCAGCUAUUGUCUAAAGCAGUGUUUUAAGUUGAAGUUCCACGCUAGGAGCUUUCUUGUGUUCAAUGUUCACAGGUGUCAUUUGCAGAGUGCAGAUAUGCUGUCCAGUUUGCUCCAACCCCUCAGUAACUGUCCCCUGUCAGGCUUUUGGAGGUUUGAUUUGAUAACAGUGAAUACUGAGUUCUCAUUCCUGGUCAACUCUUUGGGUUCUAGGACACAAGAUCUUCACUUAAGUAGUCACCAUGGCUUGAUGAAGGCCAGGAUUGGAUUUUAAGUGGUAACAUACUGUACACUUAAAUCCUAGUCUAGACAACUCCAACAAAAGCUUUACAUAGUCUACCAUCUAGCAAUUACUUGUGUUUAGCAUCAAGCUAGAGAAACAACAAAACAACAUUAUUUGUACACUUCUCAAUCCCUCCCCCCCCCCCACAGUAUUUUACUUGGUGUUUCAUUUUCUCAUACAGCACCAGUGUUACCUCUACUCACUUAAAGGUUCCCCCACUACCCACCUGAGCUUGUCCUUCCUGGACAAAACAGUUAGUACUGAACUUGCAGCAGCUUAAGGGAUUUGUAUGUCUGCAUGGAUGAAAGUGCAAUAGUUGAAAAGGGUAAGAGUCUGGUAAGGAUUUUACUGUGUAAUCUGAAGUCUGCCUGAGACACUCGAGAAGAAAAUAUGAAGGACUAAAGUAGAAAGUUGUGUAGAUGCUAGGUCAAGGAGAAGAAAGAAAUAAGGUUCAGAGAAGGAUUUAAGAAAGGCUCUAGCUUAUUUGAGGACAGUUUCUGUGGUUCUUGGCAGCCUCCAUCUGUUGCCAAGGCAAGUUAUGCAAUAACCUAUUCCACUACCUUGUAGUUUCAAGCAAAAAAAAAAAAAAAAGGCACUUCACUGCAGUUUUAAUUGUACAUGAUUUUAUAUACCAGAAGUCUAUUUUGAAUUUCCCAUUUUAAGUUCUAGCCAUAUUUCUUGUCAUUUUCUCCCAUCUAACAGUAUGCAAUUUGAUUACUCCUUCAUGUACAAGUUCUGUGUAUAAUUUAUAUAAGCAUUUCUGCAGUGCUGUAACUUGCUUUUACCACAGGUUGGCAUUAACUGUAUAUAUUGUGGUGAAAAGUGAAAGGAUAUUAUUGUUGAAGAAUUUGCUACAUGAAUGUGAUGAAUUCAAGAGCCUAUGAUACACUAAUUCAGAGAACAUGUAAAUGUGCACAAUAAAGUACUGCUAAGGCA